AAACAUCCUUCUUCAGGAAAUACAGUAAUCCAGUCCAAUGGACAGAGUAACAGCUGAGACACUGCUCCACUUAAAUGCGCAUUUUUGAUCCAAUUUAUCACACUUUACAGGAAAGGGCAAAUAUACAGCACAAAACUAUGCAGAGUAAAUGCCAGUUAUAUUGGCACAUGAAUUUAUUGGAAUUGGUUUAAAAUUUCAUUAAAGAGGGCAAAUUUAUAGUUGGUAAUUUAAAAUUCUCUGUUUUUUGUUUUACUACCUACUACAAAUUAUUGAGGAGAAUAGUCAGUUUCAAACGGAGAUAAAAUCUAUUUGCACGUCAAGUAUAAACUAUAAACGCCUUUGAAAUCAUCAAAUGUCCCAGAAUUGCUUUCAUGACCCUCCCAAUAUGGCGGACAUGUUAGCGUCUCGCUGAUGCCCUGUGUGGGCGGGACUUCCUGGUGUUCUAUUCCGUGAUUGGCGGGUCCAGCCUCUGACCCCAGUGCGCAGACUCGUGCUUCUCUCCGGUACAAUGGCGGCAGUUGGAGCGCCGUCCUCCGUGUUUUCUCGGGUUUUUGUCCACGGAGCAGCGGCGGGAGAGUUAAUAAAGCUGUAAGACAGAAACGACAGCAGUUGGUGAACUCUGGAAAGAAGAGAAACGGUUUGAGGCUCAGCUGGAACUGCUCAGUAACUGUUAAAGGAAAGUUUGGAGAGAGAAAAGCUAGCAGAGAUGUGGAGACAGCAGGUCAAACAGCGACUGGAUGCAGCAGAGGAGCAGAGACACGAAAUACUGGAUGCUGCUUUCAGCCCCGAACAUCGGCUGCACACAUCAGAUGUUCAUCAGGUUCUGCUGGUUAAAGAAGAACCGAGUCCUGAUCUGGACCAGAACCACCCAGAGCCUGUCCACAUGAAGGAGGAAGAGGAGGAACCCUGGAGCAGCCAGCAGGGGGAGCCACUCAGUGUGAAGGAGGAGGCUGAUGCCUCCAGGUCUCCAGUCAUUGCUGUUCUCAUAAAGAGUGAAGAUGAUGAAGAGGAACCUCUGAUCUCUCAUCUUCAUCAAACAGAAGAUGGAGAACUGCCAAGCAGCAGCUCAGCUCAGCAGAUGAAAACAGAAGAGGGCUACAGAGGAGCAGAAUGCACCAUAAAUCUGGAUGGAAACCCUCAUGGAGACGCUUCCAGCUCUUCAGAGACAGAGAUCAGUGAUGAUGACGAUGAGGUGAACCAUCCUGGGACAGAAGAUGAAGGCAAUGAGAAUGACUGCAAAGGCCUCAGAGAGAAUACAAACAUGGACCAGGAGAGGGAAGUCCAGACAGAUCUGAGAUGUUUUAAAUGUACUGAGUGUGGUCAAAGUUUUACCAAGAAAAAACAUCUCAAAGUUCAUCUGAAAGUUCAUACUUUGGAGAAACCGUUUGGCUGUGAGGUUUGUGGACAAAGAUUUGAUGAAAAGUCCUAUUUAGACCAACACAUCAUAAUCCACUCAGUGGAAAAAACGUUUGAUUGUAACAUCUGCAGACAAACAUUCAACCAAAAAACACAUUUAAGCAGACAUAUGAAAAUCCACAGCGGGGAGAAACCGUUUGGCUGUGAUGUUUGUGGACAAAGUUUUAACAGGAAAUCCCAUUUAAACAGACACCUGAAAAUUCACACAGGGGAGAAACCUUUUGGGUGUGACAUUUGUGGACAAAGAUUUCAUGAAAAGGCCUAUUUAGACAGACACAUCAAAAUCCACUCAGGAGAAAAACCAUUUGCUUGUGAUGUCUGCGGACAAAGAUUUAGUAGAAAGGCACAUUUAGACCGACACAUGGGCAGCCACGCUGAUGAGAAACCUUUUGGUUGUGACGUUUGUAGACAAAGAUUUACCCACAAAUCUGCUUUAAACAGACACAUGAUUAUUCACACAGGAGACAAACCUUUUAGCUGUGAAGUUUGUGGACAAAGAUUUAACCAAAAGUCAGUUUUAAUGACGCAUGUAAGGAUCCACACAGGAGACAAACCCUACGCCUGUGAUUUUUGUGGACUAAGAUUUAACCAAAAAUCAAAUUUAAACAGCCACAUCAAAAUCCACACAGGAUACAGACCGUUCAGUUGUGAUGUUUGUGGACAAAAAUUUAACCGAAAAGGAAAUCUAAACAUGCACAUGAGAACCCACACAGCAGGGAAGAAUCUUUAGAUACUGUGAUGAUUGAUGAAGAAACGCGGGCAUGUUCUGACUUAGAUCACUGCAAAUUAAAUGGGUCUUUACUCCAGAACCUUUUUAGCUUCUUUUUUUCAUAAAAAAUUUAUUUGGUUUCAGAAACAUUUAAUCAUGAGUAGAACAGACAAUAAUCAGUUGAUUUUAUCACAUCGUUGAGAAAAGUGCUGAUGUAUCAGCCGUCGUCACGGCAACAAACACUCCGCUGAAUUUUAAACAUGCUUAUCUUUGGUCAGCACAGCCCAUUGUAACCAGCAGCGCCCCCUACCGUCUGAAAAAGGGAGUCAAUGGUGAUCUGUGGGCUUUAGCUGGAGCUAAAGCCAGUAGCUGGAGCUAACAGUAUUUUACUGUAUUGUUUUUAUAUCUGAAAUAAGUAUUUUAUUCAGAUAAAGUCUGUUGUUACAACUAAUCGUGGAUCCUUUUAAAGGUUCAGAUAAAUCAAUCGCUAAAAUUAUUCUCUGUAAGAUUCUGGCUCAUAAAGAAGGAAAACCUAAUAUUCAGUGUGAGAAGAUUAGAGUAUUAGGAAAAGUUAAAUAUUACAUAUAUGUAAGGUAGGAACAAGUGAAGCGCGUCUUUGAGAAGAUUAUCAAGUGAAAUCCAUUCAGACCGAAUCAGAACAUCUAGACCCACAACACUCAGACGGGCCCAGAACAUGGGCUGAGGAGAACCAGAACCAGACUGUUGCUCAGAGGUCCAAAGUCCUUUAAGUUUUUAUUUCAAAUCAAGGUGGCCCAACAGAGCUUGGCUUUCGUUCUGCCAGAACCUUCAAAGUGUGUGAGAACCCGUCUGACCUCCAGAUCGGAUCUGAGCUUCGUCUGAUGAGUGUGAGGAAGAUGUUAGCCUGCUUUCAGCUGUGGGUGGUCAUAGUGUUUCAGCUGAUUGUCGUAAAUGCAUCAAUGCACACAACUUUGAAAAAAUAAAUAAAUCAUCACGUUUAAACUGAA